AUGAGAGACAUUUUUUUAUUAAAAAGUCAUUUCUGGUCGGGAUUGAUCGGUAGCAACAAGUUUCAUCUUUUUCACAAUUUUUCAAAAUGGAAUCAAAAAACUAUGUUUCAAACAAUUUGUAAACUUGCUAUAAAUCCCGCGCGCUUAUCAUUAUUCAAACAGCUAUCUGUGAUUCCAACAAGAAAUUUAUUUCAUCGUGUUAAUCAUCUUCACGAUUCUAUAUUAAGUUGUAAUUGGGAAGAUCAUUUAAAUUUUGUACAAAAUAAAGACCUUUUGGAAACUGAAAAUGAGGAUCUUCAGAAAGAAGGAGAAUUAUUACUGGUUCAUAAAACAACUCCAUCUUUGCACAAAAAACUCAUAGAAAUUGAACAAGCACUGACGUGUUUCAAACAGUGUGUGUUUCUGCGUGAUUAUGUCAUGGGAAUAAUUGAAUGUUUGAAGCAUAACGAAACAAAUACCCUUCUAGAGGAAGAUAUUCAAUAUCUAUCGGAAAGUAUUCUUAAAAUCGAUGAAACAUACAAGAUAUUACUUCAGAAAUAUGGUUUUUUAACAUCAAAAAUUAAUCAAGUGGUACAAACAUCUUUAGCUCUAUUACUGGAACGUGCUCCAUUAAAAAAACGAUAUCCAAGCGUUUCUCAAAAUAUAUGAGCACGUUUUUGUGAGUGACAAUCACUUUUACGACAUCAACGUAAACACUUAAUGUAUACCUAUAUAGAGAUUCUUUUUUAUAACAGUCUUGUAAUUUCAUGCGCUCAUAGAAUCCCUUUACUGUCACUUGUUAUGUUUAAACAAAAGCAUUUGAGAACAUAUUAAAAAAAUUUCGUCAUAUUUAUACGCUUA